AAUUACAAGCUGUCAGUGGAAAGUUAUCAACGGUACUUGAAUUUAAGAAUCAAAAUAUAAUAUUUUAAUAUUUACAGUGUUAAAAUUAAAUUUAUACAAUGGAAGAUGGCGAUAUUGAUCAACGUCUUAGGGAUUUACAAAGAGAAUACUUGGAGUUUUUGGAUGAUGAGGAGGACCAAGCGAUCUAUAUGGAAGCUGUAAAACAAAUGAUAGGAGACAAAUCGCAGCGUCUUGUUGUUAACGUAAAUGAUCUCAGGAGGAAGAACCCAGAGCGUGCUAAGAACUUACUGGAGAACGCUUUUGAGGAGCAAAUAGCGUUUCAGAAAGCCUUGAAAGAAUAUGUAUCAUCUAUCGACCCUACAUAUGCCAAAAUAAAGGAGGAGUUCUUUGUAGCCUUCUCGGGUAGUUUUGGAAACAAACAUGUUACUCCUAGGAGUUUAACGUCCAGGUUCUUAGGGAACUUGAUAUGUGUGGAAGGUAUUGUGACGAGGGUGUCCUUGGUUAGGCCAAAAGUAGUUAGAAGUGUACACUACUGCCCGACCACAAAGAAGGUAAUGGAACGUAAAUACACUGACCUCACCUCAUUUGAGGCAUUCCCGACCUCUGCUGUGUACCCCACCAAGGAUGAUGAUGGUAAUCCCCUAGAGACUGAAUAUGGUCUCUCCCGGUACAAGGACCACCAGACUAUAACAGUGCAGGAGAUGCCGGAGAAGGCACCAGCCGGCCAGCUGCCGAGGAGUGUUGAUAUAAUCUGUGAUGAUGAUCUGGUGGAUAAAUGCAAGCCUGGGGACAGGGUACAGGUUGUUGGCAACUACAGAUGUUUGCCAUCAAAACAGGGCAGUUUUACAGCGGGUACAUUCAGAACAAUACUAAUAGCCAACAACAUAACACAAAUAAACAAGGAUAUGAAUCCGAACAUUACAUUGGAAGACAUCAAACUGUGCAAGCGGCUGGCGAAGCGUACCAAUGUGGACAUGUUUGAGAUGCUGAGCAAGUCACUGGCGCCUUCUAUACACGGCCACGAUUUUAUAAAGAGAGCCAUUCUUUGCUUGUUGCUCGGUGGGAUGGAGAAGAUAUUGCCCAAUGGCACUAGACUUAGGGGUGACAUCAACAUACUGUUAAUCGGCGACCCGUCAGUGGCGAAAUCACAGUUACUCCGUUACGUGCUGAUGACGGCGCCUCGUGCUAUCACCACCACCGGCCGAGGGUCCUCCGGCGUGGGCCUCACCGCAGCAGUCACCACCGACCCCGACACAGGAGACAGACGACUGGAGGCCGGCGCGAUGGUGCUGGCGGACCGCGGCGUGGUGUGCAUCGACGAGUUCGACAAGAUGUCGGACGUGGACCGCACCGCCAUCCACGAGGUCAUGGAGCAGGGCCGCGUCACCAUCGCCAAGGCGGGCGUGCACGCCGCCCUCAACGCGCGCUGCUCAGUACUAGCUGCAGCCAACCCCGUCUACGGCAGGUACGAUCAAUACAAGACGCCGAUGGAGAAUAUCGGGCUCCAGGACUCGUUGCUGUCGCGUUUCGACCUUCUGUUCGUGAUGCUGGACAUCGCUGAUGCGGAUCACGACAAUAUGAUAUCUGAACAUGUACUGAGAAUGCACAGAUACAGAAAUCCAAAAGAGCAGGAUGGGGAAGUUUUACCCAUGGGCUCAACUGUUGAAAUGCUCUCAACCGAAAAUCCCGAUACUGAUGAAGUGGAGGAUUCAAAUGAGUCCAUUUAUGAGAAGUAUGACCCCCUGCUGCACGGUAAUACUCGCAGGAAGAAGGACCAGAUCCUGAGCACGAAGUUUAUGCGCAAGUACAUCCACAUUGCACGUCUAAUGAAGCCGAAACUCACGCAGGAGGCGUCCGACGUCAUCGCUGAUGAGUACGCCAGACUGAGGAACCAGGAUAUGAUGGACAGCGAUGUGGCCAGGACGCAGCCCGUGACGGCGCGUACGCUGGAGACGUUGAUUCGGGUGGCGACCGCGCACGCCAAGUGCCGCCUGAGCUUCCAAGUCACACAAGACGACGCUCUCGCGGCCAUUGAGCUCGUCCAGUAUGCAUACUUCAAGAAGGUACUAACAAAGGAGAAACGUCGUAAGCGUCGCGCGUCCUCAGACGGCGAGGACGAGGCUGCCAGGAACGCCACCCCACGCGCCAAGAGAACCCGCAGAGCGGAUGGUGAGAGCGAAGAUCCUUACCAGUUCUCGUCUGACGAAGAAGCAGAGCCGAUGCUACGGGCGGCACACUCCUCGCAGCCUGAACCCUCACAGCGAACGACCAGAUCCUCACAGAAGACUAUAGACGCUAACAGACUGGGUCAGUUCAAGAGCGCUCUCCAGCAACUGUUCCGGGAUGAACGCGUCAACAUGCUGCCCCUCGAGCGUAUCACGACUUACAUGAACGAGAAAUACUCGCACGAGACGUUCGACUCUGAUGAGAUACAAGCGGCGCUGGAGCGCAUGACUGUAGACAACCAGGUCAUGAUGGCAGACGAUAUCGUAUUUUUAAUUUAAGCCUUCUACUCAUCCGUUAUAUGUUAAGUCAUAUAAUUAAUAUGUCAGCACCUUUUUUAAUAGUCAUGUUAUUUUAGCUAACUAUAAACCUUUUAUAGUUUUGCAGCGCCACCGUCCAAAAGCUGCAAGUCCGGUCACAAUCUUGACAGCUAGGACAUUUGUUUUAUAAAAAAGGCAGUUAAUCUUUUUACAGUGAAAAAUUAAAAAAAACUAUUUUUUAUUUAUAUAAAGUUUAAUUAAUAAAUAUUGGGUUGUAGUAUAUUUAUUAAUACCUAUACUUUAUGAAUUUUCUGAUUAUGCGUUUUAAAUAAACACCCACACAUGAUUUCUAAGUAACCUAUAAAAAUGGGUAAUUAAAAUUAAUUUCAAAUAGUGCCCCAACCCUAUUUAAAAAUUGCAAAAACCUGGUAACUUUGCUAAUGUCAAAUUUGUCUCCGAGAUUAAAAACAGACUAUAAUCACUGGUUAUAUGUUAAGUUAAGUCGGUGUUAUGAAACCAUGAGUUUCAUUUUAUAGUAUGUAGAGAUGAAGCUAAUGAUUUGUAAACAAAAUAAUUAGGAUGAUUGGGAAAAAAAAUAACACAUUAUUUUUAAGUUGAACUUCGUGUUCAAAAUUCGAUUAUUAUAAGCAUUAUGAUCGUAAAUUAAGAUCUAAUCAUAAAU